AUGGCCUCGUCCCCCGGAGCGCCCGGGACCCGGGCCGUCCAGGCGCCCCCGCCGCCGCCGGCAGCGCGCACCUCGGAGCGCGGCUCGGUGAGCGCAGGGCGAGGGCGAGCGGGGAGCUGGGGCUGCGCGCGGGAGGCGGAGGGAAGGGCGCCGGCGCUCCAGGUUUCCGACCCCCCCGGGCUUGGACAGUUGAGAACCGAGAGGCCGGGUACUCGGACGCCCCGGACAAGUGAAGUAACCUGCUGGAUUCAUCUCAGCUGGUUCAUUCGUCAGGCUGGCGGGGCCAGGGCCGGUCUCUGGGCUCCCGACUCCCGGUCUAGGGCCCUUGUCCUCCACACUCCAGGUCUUUCCAGGGCGCCCCUGCACCCUGGGCAGCUCCUGUGUCUCCCCCAGGUCAGCAGAGCUGGUCACCUCUCAUUCUGUACCAAGGUGUGCUAUGGCAUUGGUGGGAUCCCCAACCAGGUGGCCUCCAGCGCCACAGCCUUUUACCUGCAACUCUUCCUGCUCGAUGUAGCACAGAUCCCUGCUGCCCAGGUGUCACUUGUCUUGUUUGGAGGAAAGGUGUCUGGGGCAGCCGCCGACCCUGUGGCUGGGUUCUUCAUCAACAGAAGUAGGAGAACAGGGUCUGGACGACUCAUGCCCUGGGUGCUGGGCUGUACACCCUUCAUCACCGCGGCCUACUUCCUCCUGUGGUUCCUGCCCCCCUUCACCAGCCUGCGGGGCCUCUGGUAUACCACCUUCUACUCCCUGUUCCAGGCCCUGGCCACGUUCUUUCAGGUGCCCUACGCGGCGCUCACCAUGCUCCUGACCCCCUGCCCGAAGGAGCGGGACUUGGCCACUGCAUACAGGAUGACCAUGGAGAUGGCCGGGACGCUGAUGGGAGCCGCCGUCCAUGGGCUCAUCGUAUCGGGCGCCCACGGGCCGCACAGGUGCGAGGACGCCGCGCUCCCCGGACCGGUCGCCGUCUCCCCCGACGCAAUUCGUCUCUACUCCAUUGCAGCCGCUGUGGUUGCCGUGACUUACCCUGUGUGCAGUUGUUUGCUCUGCCUGGGGGUGAAGGAGCGACCAGACUCCACUGCCCCAGCCUCAGGCCCAGGCCUGAGCUUCCUGGCUGGGCUGGCGCUCACUGUCCGGCACCCGCCCUACCUGAAGCUCGUGAUCUCCUUCCUGUUCAUCUCAGCAGCCAUUCAGGUGGAGCAGAGCUACCUGGUCCUGUUCUGUACGCAUGCCUCCCGGCUACAUGACCAUGUCCAGGGUGUGGUGCUAACCAUCUUGGUCUCGGCUGUGCUGAGCACCCCGCUGUGGGAGUGGGCUCUCCAGCGAUUUGGGAAGAAGACAUCGGCCUUUGGGAUCUGUGUGAUGGUGCCUUUUGCAAUCUUGCUGGCGGCAGUGCCCACAGCGCCUGUGGCAUAUGUGGUGGCCUUUGUAUCUGGCAUGAGCAUUUCUGUGUCCUUGCUGCUACCCUGGUCCAUGCUUCCAGAUGUGGUGGAUGACUUCCAGCUGCAGCACCAGUAUGGCCCAGGCCUGGAGACCAUCUUCUACUCAUCCUAUGUCUUAUUCACCAAGCUUUCUGGUGCAGGUGCCCUGGGCAUCUCCACUCUCAGUCUGGAGUUUGCGGGCUAUGAGGCAGGGGCCUGCGAGCAGGCGGAGCAGGUGGUGGUGACCCUCAAGGUCCUCAUCGGUGCCGUGCCCACCUGCAUGAUCCUCACCGGUCUGUGCAUCCUCAUGGUCAGCCCCACUCCAAAGGUGCCCCGCCAGGACCCCUCCCGCCAGCUGAGCCUUCAGAGGCGGACCAGCUGCACCCUCGCCUGAAGUCUCACCUGGUGUGGGCUGC